GGGGGCGUAUAUAGAAGGGAGGGGCGGGGCCAGAGCCGGGACAGGCCUGGUGGCGGCGGUGACGACAGCGGCAGCGGCGCCCGCGGAGUCGCGGCCGGGCAUCGCCGCUGCCCCCCGCCGGGCCCCAGACCUGCCCCCCGGUGCCCACCAUGGAGCUGGCCCAGCUGCAGGCGGAGGUGGGGCGCCUGGCGGCCGAGCUGCAGGAGGCGACGCAGGAGAAGGUCCAGGCCGCCCAGUACGGACUGGCGGUGCUGGAGGAGAACGGGGAGCUCAAGCAGCGCUGCGGGGAGCUGGAGGGGCAGUUAGACAGGCUGAGCUCGGAGCUGACCCAAAUGAAGGAGGCCCUGGCUGACUGUCACAGCAGCCACAAGCGGGCAGCGGUGGCUGGGGAGAACCGGGAGGAGAGCCUGGUGCGCGAGGCUGCGGCCAAGGAGGCCCAGCUGGCAGCCCGCCUUGAGGAGCAGCAGGGAGACCUGAGGCAGCUGCGAUGCCAGCUGAGCAACGCGGGUGCCGAGAGCGAGCGGCUGAGCGCUGCCCUGCAGGAGCUGCGCCAGGAGUGCCAGGCCCUGGAUGCAGAGAAGGCCCAGCUGCGGGAGGAGCUGAAGCAGCACAAGAGCCGGGAGCUGCGGCAGCUGCAGGACUGCGCCGAGCUGGAGGAGGAGAACAUCUCCCUGCAGAAGCAGGUGUCGGUGCUCAAGGGCAACCAGGUGGAGUUUGAGGCCUUGAAGCAUGAGCUGCGGCGCCGGGAGGAGGAGGCGGUGCUGGCCGGAGUCCAGCUGGAGGAGCUGGGGCGGCUGCGGGAGCUGGCGGAGCGGCAGCUGGAGGAGGCGCUGGAGACACUGGCGGUGGAGCGUGAGCAGCAGCGGGAGCUGCGGCGGGAGCUGGUGGCCUGCACCGGGGGCCGUCCUGGCUCGCUGGGCAGCCUGCAGGCCGGCCUGGAGGAGCUAAGCCAGGAUGAGGAGCUGGACAGCGGCUUCGCCAAUGGCAGCACCAGCGUGGGGGACUUUGGGGAGCGGGUGUCCACCCCCUGCACCCGCCCUGCGCCUGGCCUCGUCGCCGACCUCUUCAGUGAGCUCAGCCUGGCAGAGGUGCACAAGCUGCGGCAGCAGCUGUUCCAGGCGGACCGGGAGAGAGCCUCCCUGGCGGCUGAUGUGCAGGAGGCCCAGCGGCAGCUGGACAGCGCCAGGGAGGCCUUGUCGGAGCAGCAGCAGCGCAAUGGCCUCCUCCUGGAGCAGCUCAAGGCCAGGCCGGCGUCCCCGGAGCCCCAGCCCUGGCAGGACCUGGUGGCGCAGCUAGAGGGGCAGCUGCGGGCCGCCCGCAAGCUGGCAGGGGAGCUGCAGGCCCGGCUGGCCCAGGCCCAGGAGGAGCUGCUGGGGCUGACGGAGGAACUGGCCACCCUCUACCACCAGGUCUGCGCCUGGCGCGGCCUGACGCCGCAGCGCGUGGUGCUGGAUUAUUACCGGGACGGGCGCGGCGCCAGGAGGCCGCCGGCGGGCAAGCCCCGUCUGCAGCUGGAGCCAGGGGUAGGGCCACCCGGGGAGCCCCUCAAUGUCUCCAACCUGGCGGCGGUGCUGCGGGAGCAGCUGGGGCACCUGCAGGGGGCGCUGGUGCUGUGGCGGCAGCAGCCCCCCAGGCAGGGCCCGCCAGCCGCCGAGCUCGAGCGGGACAAGGAGGCGCUGGCCGAGGAGGGGGUGAAGCUCCGCUCCCUGCUCAGCACCAAGCGGGAGCAGAUCGCCACGCUGCGCACCGUGCUCAAGGCCAACAAGCAGGCGGCGGAGGCGGCGCUCUCCAGCCUGAAGGCGCAGUACGAGGGGGAGAAGGCCCUGGUGGCAGGCACCAUGCUCAAGCUGCGCCGCGAGCUGAAGGCCCUGACGGAGGACGCCACCACCUUCUCCUCCCUGCGCGCCAUGUUUGCCAGCAGGUGUGAGCAGUACGUGUCCCAGCUGGAGGAGAUGCAGCGGCAGCUGGCGGUGGCGGAGGACGAGAAGAGGACGCUGAGCUCCCUGCUGCGCAUGGCCAUUCAGCAGAAGCUGGCGCUCAGCCAGCGCCUGGAGGGCCCCAGGGGCAGAGCCCGCAGCCCCAGGAGCACCGCGCACUGACACCGUGGGGCAGCCUUCCAGAGAAAGCCGUGGGAGCGGUGCCAACCAGAGCCAGCGCCGGGACCAGCACCGCCCGCGCCUUCAGUGCUGCAAAAGCCGCCAGCCCCCCGACCUCUGCCAGCGGCAGCCGCUGUGCCUUAACCGCUCCGGGCUAGGUAGGGUGGAGUCUGCCUGGCCGAGUGAAACCUCCUCCUUCUGCCUUCAUCCCCCCACGUAUGGGGCAGGGGCCUGGCCUCGUGCUCAGAGGAGCCCCCCCCCCCACACACACACACUGGGUGGGGGCGUCUCGGUGCGGGGCCAGGCCUGGUGCUCAGACCCCCCCCCCCCCACACACACACACACACUGGGU